ACACUUUUGGCAUUUACUCGUGAGUACCACGGUUCGUACCGCUCGCGUGCACUUUACUGAUGAUACCCGCCGAUGAUGGUGGCGAAAGCGAGAAAGCAGUCACCGUACUCUGUCGCACUGGUUGGGGGUAGCGGAAAAAAACGACAUAAUGUGAUUUCAUAAUAAUGUAUCGAUGAGACAACUCACACCACUCGCGGGUGCACGGCGAGCUACUUUGUUUAUGAUUUUCGUUCGCUACUGGGAGUGAGCACCUGGUACUCAUCGACAUUCACCAACACUACGGUGGGGGGAUCUCUUUCUCAGCAUGCUGCACAUUUUGAGUGAGAGUGCAGUUCGUUCGAUUUGUGUAUUGGGUUUUUAGCUGUGUGUUGGUGGAGCGCAAUUAAACGACGUGAUCAAUCAAACUUUGGAGACGAAUUGGCGAACACAUCACACCAGUCGCCGUCCAUGUGUGGAGCUGGUGAGCGCGAGUAAGAGCGAGUGAGACGCCAGCACAUCGUGGUGACACACGAUGAAUGGGUAAGCGGGAAAAAACAAUCGCGACCAGGCGAGCUUGUUCAGGAUCAAUCGCGCGAGUGUAUGCAAGUCGAAACGAGACGGUACGAUGGGGGAGCAAAAUGAUAUCAAUAAUAAAAAUCACUUCGCGUGCUUGUGUGUGCGCAUGGGGAGCUCUAUCAAGCAGAGGAGGUCAAGUCGAUUCGAUAGCGGAGCGGAAUAUGUGCUGUGCUUUGGGAAUAGAGCCCAGUGUGUUGGUAGGUAUGUAUUCGUUAUUCCGGAAGCAAUGAAGGGAUGAAUUGGACGACAAAAAAGAAUGAGUCUGCUACUAAGACGAUUCGGAGUACCAGAAUCUUGCUAAAUAGCACGAAAUAACCGUCAUUCGGUUCGGGUAAUUAGACUUUGAAGUUGCAAUUCAAAACUGAAUUGGCAACCUGUCAAUCAGUGUAUUUGUUAAUUCUGUCAACGUUUUCUUCUAUCUUACUGUUAAUGACAUGGCCAACUGCUCUUUUCCGUUACCCAAUUAUCUUACAAUAUUUUCCCACAGUACAGCCCAUAGCGGACCGUUUUUACUGCGGCACAUUCGAAAACAGGUUAGGUAACCGAAUUUCCUUCUCCAGCGGAUGAUAAGUCGUAAAAUGGGUGUUCCGUGUAGCGGUAUCUGAUGCCAACUAACUUACACUAACCUCACUUAACCUGGCAUCAUAUUCAAACUGUUCAUUAAAAAAAAAAAACAUCUGAACCCUGCCCUGCAAUCUGCUUUUCGAAUCCAUACGCACUUUGUUGGACUCUGUUGCACCAUUCACCGGAGCCUACCCGGUCAGUCUUUGUCCAGAUCAAGACCUACCAAGAUGUUGGAGUUCGUCUCGGUUGGUUCAGGGCUGGUACUGUUGGUGAACUUUGUCGAAGCUUACUACGAUCGAUUACCCGAUCCGGACUACUACGAUUUUGAAUCAUCGGAAGAUUUUCAAUAUCCACCCGAUGAAAACAAUCACCACUACCAUUACCACCACCAUCCAACCAAUCCACCACCCCCACCGAUCAAGGUAGUGAAAAAGUUUAUUCCGAUUCCGGCUAAACCAGUGCCACCUGCUGCUCCCUAUGCCGUCCAGAAGGUCGACCUGACGAAAAACUCGGCCAGCAGUUCCGGUGGAAUUUCGCACACUCUGGUGGCGAUUGUUCUCGCACUGGUGGGACAAUUUAUCGGCGGUUUGAUAUUUCUGCUGAUGGCUAAACUACUCGUAGGGAUGAAAGCAAUCCUGGUGACUAACACGGCCACCUUGGGACUGACGCUGUGGAAACAUAUGAAGAAGUUGAAGCGGAAGAAAAAGCAUCGGAAGGGUCACAAACCGAAACCGCACAAGCAUCAAAAGAAGAAGAAAAAGAAAAAGAAACAUAAAAACAAUAGCGAAGAAGUGUCGGUGCAGGCCAAUCUGAGCCAGAAACAGAUCAAGAAACUUAUUAAACUUUUGACAUACGCAAGGCCAACUCAAUCGUUAACCAUCCCAACAGCUGGUACUCAACUAGCCAACCGUACCCAGCACAUCCCCACCAGCUGUCAGAAGCCCCAUCAAUUCAUCCCAUUUUAUCGGACCACCGAGGCUAGUUCCGAGCAUCAUCAACGGCACAAAUCACGCACAUCCUUGCUCUUUCCCAGCCUGGAACCGAGUGCGGAAAGCGGAACUUUUCCCAACGACGUACGGUGA